UUUGACAUUGUCAAAUGAGUUUAACCUACAAAUAAUCGCAAACUAUUCGGUAAACUUAAAAUAUAGAUAACUUUUAACUUACUAGACUGAAAUAAUCAUGGAUUUAAAAGAUUUCAAGCCAGAAAAUGAAGAUUUGUAUGAAAUUUUACAAAUUCCGUUUGAUUCAACAAUAAAAGAUAUUAAAAAAGCCUACAGAAAACAAGCCUUAAAAUGCCAUCCAGAUAAAAAUCCUGAUGAUAAAAAUGCCGCCGCAGAGUUUCAUAAACUCUCAAAAAUCCUUGAAAUCCUCACAGAUGAAUCAGCAAGAAAAGCCUAUGACAGACUCCUCAAAGGCAGAAAAGAAGCAGCGAUUCGCCACUCAGAACUCGAUAGUAAAAGAAGAAAACUUAAAGAAGACUUAGAAGCACGAGAAAAAGCUGCGGUUAGUGGCCAGGGAGGAAAAUCCGCAGCGCAAUUAUUUAAAGAAGAAAUUGACAGAUUAAGAAAAGAAGGCUCCAAACAAGUUGAAGAAGAAAUGGAAUUAAUGAGAAAACAAUUCGCAGAAGAACAAGUUAAAGAAGAAGUUUGGGAUUCUAGUAAACACAGAAUUAAGAUUAAGUGGAAAAGCGACAAACACGAUGCUCAAAAUGGCGGCUACACGCAAGACAUGUUGCAUAGAUUUUUAUCAAAGUAUGGGAAUAUUACGGUUUUAGUGAUGUCACCAAAGAAGAAAGGCUCGGCACUUGUUGAAUUCGACACGAAAAGAUCAGCGGAAAUGGCUGUUGAUAUCGAAAAAGGCCUCUCAGAAAACCCACUGGAAUUAUCCUGGGUAGACGGCAAAGGACCCAACCCUCAGGCAGUAAAAUCAAACACCAUCAAAGAAACAGACUUCGAGAGCAUCACAUUAAUGAAACUACGACAAGCCGAGGAAAGAAAACGUCUCAUCGAACAAAUGAUGGCGGAAGAUGAAUAAAAUGAUACUAAUUCUAUUAAAAAGUACCGUUGGUAAAUUAUAUAUCAAUCA